AUGUCCGCCGCCGUCAAGUCUCUCCUGCAGCCGCAAGUCGGACUACCUGAGCACUCACCAUGCGCGACACUCCGCACCCUCUAUCUUCAGCUUCGGACGAGGGUGGGUGGUGGUCGAUCCAGCCCGUCUGUCUUUUCGUCUUUCUCGUCCUCGUCUCGCCGAGCUCGGCCUCGCGACGGGUUCAUGCAGCGCAUGGUCCGCUCGAUCAAGAAGCUCUUCCGCGACAUCUACCGUUACGCCCGCAAGAACCCUAUCAAGGUCUUCCUGCUGGUGAUAAUUCCGCUUCUGACCAGUGGUAUCCUGCCCAAGCUUCUUGCCAUGAUUGGUGUCCGGUUACCUCACGGGAUCCAUACCGCCCUGGGAGGUAGUGCUGGACCCGGUGCGCGGGCGAUGGGAGGAGGUAUGGAGAAUAAGGGACUGUCUGACAGCGUCAACUCGCUGGUAAGCAUUGCCAAGAUGUUUGCUUAA